AUGUUCUCCGCUCAGAACAAGAUCAAGAAGGACAAGAAUGCCGAGCCAACAGAAUGUGAGGAGCAAGUUGCUCAGGCUUUGUUUGACUUGGAGAACACUAACCAGGAAUUGAAAAGCGAGUUGAAAGAUCUCUACAUUAACCAAGCUGUUCACAUGGACAUUUCUGGAAACCGCAAAGCUGUUGUGAUUUAUGUUCCAUUCAGACUGAGGAAAGCUUUCCGUAAGAUUCACCCCCGUCUUGUUAGAGAGCUUGAGAAGAAGUUCAGUGGCAAGGAUGUUGUCUUUGUUGCCACAAGAAGGAUCAUGCGUCCUCCCAAGAAGGGUGCUGCUGUUCAAAGGCCACGUAACAGAACUCUAACCUCUGUUCACGAAGCAAUGCUCGAGGAUGUUGCUUAUCCUGCUGAGAUUGUUGGAAAGCGUACUCGUUACCGUCUUGAUGGUUCCAAGAUCAUGAAGGUCUAUUUGGAUACCAAGGAAAGGAACAACACUGAGUACAAGCUUGAAACUAUGGUGGGUGUAUACCGUAAACUUACUGGAAAAGAUGUCGUUUUCGAGUACCCAAUCGAGGCUUGA